CAUUGAUAUUUAUGAAUCCGAGCAUAUUCAUGCUUGCUUAUUUGGCUUCAAAAGCUGUGAUUUUCUGUUCCCGUUACACGAUCAUCCGGAUAUGUACGGAUUUGUGAAAGUUCUUCGUGGUGCCCUAGGAAUUAACUCAUAUACCGAACUUUCUUAUGAUGAAAAAGAAGCACUGAAAUGGACUAAAUCGAACGCUCUAUCAUCUAACGUUACCAUUGCCAGAUUCGAAGGUAUCAGUAAUCGCUGGCGUAGUGAUGAUUGCGUAUGUUUGGGUCCUAAAUUUGGUAAUAUUCAUUCGUUGGCACCACUUGAAAAUGGUACAGCAUUUUUUGAUUUAUUAAUGCCCGGUUAUGGUGAUAAGCCAUGUACGUAUUUUAAAAAUAUUAUACAGAAUCCAAAAUUAAAACAAGUAUGUUUGCUUCAAAAAACUGCUGAACCAGAGGAUUAUUAUUGUCAACUUCUACCUUAUGAGAAAAUUAAGGCACUUUAA